AGUAGGAAAUGAGACAGGGUAGGAAUAACACUUAAUAAGCCUGACGCUCUCAUCCUCCUCCUAUCCCCUGGCCACCUUCCAGCCUCCUCUGUGCAGUCUCCUCUCCUUCCAGACAGUCCUUACUUCUUUUCCCCCUAGGCUGCAGCCAGCUUGAGCCCUCUGCCUGCCAGAGUCAGGAAGGAGCCCAGGUGGGGUAAGAACCUAAGCCCCAGGAUGUUGACAACAUUGCUGCCACUGCUGUGUCUACUGCUCCUGCCCGGCUGGGCCUUUUGUAGCCAUGAAGCCUCAGAUGGCCUUCGGAACCUCCACAUGCUCCAGAUCUCCUACUUUCGCGACCCCUAUCAAGUGUGGCACCAGGGCAACGCGUCGCUGGGGGGGCUAAUGACGCACGUGCUGGAAGGCCUAGGCAGCAACGUCACGAUCCGCCAGUUGCAGCCCUUGCAGGAGCCUGAGAGCUGGAUGCACACAGAAGACAGCCUUAAGACCUAUCUGCACCAGUUCAACAGCUUGGUACUGCUGGUACACCAUGAGCGGCGCUUGACCUUUCCUCUGAUCAUUCGCUGCUUCCUGGGCUGUGAGCUGCCUCCUGAGGGUUCUACAGCACGUGUCUUCUUCGAAGUGUCUGUGAAUGGGAGCUCCUUUGUGCAUUUCCAGCCAGAGACAGCUUUAUGGGUGGCAGGGCCCCAGGCACCCUCCAGGGUGGUCACCUACACCCUGCAGCAGCUCAACGCCUACAAUCGUACUCGGUACGAACUGCGAGAAUUCCUGCAGGACACCUGUGUGCAGUAUGUGCAAGAACACAUCACUGUGAACAACUCGAAAGGGAGCCAAACAGGCCGCUCCUACACCUCGCUGGUCCUGGGUGUCCUGGUGGGCAGUUUCAUCAUUGCUGGUGUGGCUGUAGGCAUCUUCCUGUACACAGGUGGACGGCGGUGUUGAUUGCUCUCCAGACCCCUCUGAAAAAGGGCUGGACUGAUGAGGGCUGAUGAGGGAAGAUCUCAGCUCACUGCAAAACCACACAGAUUCCCCAUCUGGGACAUUAUAUCCCAGAAGGUUUGGAGUGGCAGCUCCUUUCUUCUCCCUGAUCUGCCCACCAAGAGUUUGGGGGAGGGAAAGGGAAGGAAGAAGCUAAGUAGACAGAGUUCUUGGUUUACUAAGCAGCUAAGAACUUGCAUGCUUUCCUGAAUUGGUCUGAGAAGUGAAUGCUUAUCUAUCUUUGUGGAAAACAGAUGACGGAGUUGGGUGGGGGUAGAGGGUGUCUAUGGCAUGUCCUCCAAAGACAGAAUCACCCAAGGCAUUCAAAACACCUAACAAAUACAAGAAGUCCAUCAACCAGAAUAAACACCACUCAAUGCUCCCAGGCACAUCAGAUUUGGGAAAGGAUGCUGAUAUAGUAGAGG